UCCCCAGCUUCCUCUUUCAACCCCAUACAGCUGCAUAUAUACUUUCACUAUUGCUAAAUGACUAGGAAGACAUACGACAACAAGUGUAUUCUUGAUUUCACAUCAGUAGGAACUAGUUAACUUUGUGUCACGGAGGAAAAAUGCUUUUGUUGCGGUCGUUUUGUCUGAUUUUCUUCCUGGUAUUCUUCUUCUUAGGCUCACUGUGUGAGGGUGAAAUCUCCUGCUUAAAUGAAGAUGGGCAGCCUGUUGACUGGUUCAUCAUGUACAAAUUACCAAGAUAUAAACAAGGUAAUGUGGGAAGUGGAGUUGACUACAUGUAUUUGGAUCCCUCAUUACCCAACUGGCAGAUGAGUAAACAUGCGGUGAAUACCAGUGAAGGGGCAUUAGGCAGGACACUCAGCCAGCUGUACCAAAUAUACAAGUCAAACAGCUCGGCAUACAUGCUCUACAAUGAUGCUCCUCCGGUGCUGAAGUACGAGACUAAUUAUGGACACACAAAAGGGGCACUGCUUUUUGACCAGUUUCAAGGAUUCUGGUUAAUACACAGCAUUCCUCACUUUCCACCUUUCCCUGAAAUGGGUUUUGGCUAUCCAUCCACUGGAAAACUCUACGGCCAGAGUGUUCAGUGUACGACCUACAGUUACAAACAGUUCCAAAAAAUAUCACAGCAACUAGCAUAUAUUAAUCCAUAUGUAUACAACUGCUCAAUGCCAUCAGCCUACUACACAGAUAUGGCAGAAAUGGCACAGAUCUGUGCUGGCAAAACUGUGACUGUGGUUCCCAGGAGAAGGCUUGAAAAGCUGAUAUCAGUCAAGGGAGAGACUUUCCUCAGUUUUGCCAAAUCACACAGCUAUGUUGAUGACAUUUAUGCUGGCUGGAUAGCACAGACACUGAAGACAGACUUGCUAGUGGAAACAUGGCAGCGACAAGCGCACCAGCUUCCCUCCAACUGCUCACUUCCUUACCAUGUAAUGAACAUCAGGAGGGUCAGUCUAUCUGAGCUGGUGACUUUCAGCUCCUAUGAAGACCAUUCCAAGUGGUGUGUCUCUUGGGAAUACCAAACCCAGUGGACUUGUCUAGGGGACUUGAACAGAGAGAGCAGACAGGCAUGGCGAGGAGGUGGCCUCAUCUGUACACAAAAUUCAGCCGUGUACAAAGCUUUCCGUUCAGCUGUGGCCUGGUAUAAACAUUGUUAGAAGCGUGAAGUCUUCUGUUAUCUACAGGAAUGUGCACUAGCUUUUAAAGAGUUUUUUAAAGCAGUUUUUUGUUAGAAUUUUGAUGCAGAAAAUACAUGUGCAUUGUGCUGGAGAUGUUGGAGCCACCCAUAUGCAGUACACAGUACACAGUCCCAGUUAUUAAUGAUCAAUUGAUCGAUUGAGAUCCUUCCUUGCAUCUACAGUGCCACAAUCAUGGACAGAGCUGAUUGUAGUGCAUAUUAUUAAUUGUGCAAAACCAGCUUUGCCUGUGCAGCUACCAGCUUCCAAAACAGGCCAUGCUGGUCAAACUGGUUCAACAUCUUUUCCAGCUCAUAAUUUAUUUCCCAGUGUCCUAAUUACUUGUCUAAAUUGAUAAAUAAAGAAUUUGAAAUUCUUUGAAAUUGCCUCACUCUUGAG